AUGCCACCAAAUGCAACGACCAUUAAAUUAGCUCAUUUAUAUUUUAUACCAAAGCCACAUAAAGUAGAUAUAUUACCAUUAAGACCUAUUGUUUCAUCGAUACGAGCAGCAGCAACUGGUAUUUCACAUUUUCUGGAUAAAAUUAUACGUUCAUUGUAUGAUCGAAUUGCGAAACCAACGACGUUUUCCAAUGAUAUUGAUUUUGUUCGUCAGUUGGAACAAUUUCGAGAUGCAGGUCGUCUUUUGCCAACCACAUUGUUUAUUACUUUUGACGUAUAA